CGCCCCCAGUUCCCCUCUGCAGUGCAGGUGACUUUCGCUCCGCCAGGACCUGCCCACAACCAGUAUGGCGACCGGCUCCUCGGCGCUGAUGGUAGCGGCGGCCGUGGCGUUGGGCGGGGGGCUUAUCUUAGUGGCUCGCCGGCUGAUGACCGGCGGCAGUGUCCAGGCCGCGGCCUCCGCUCUCAUGCGGGGCAAGACGGUAAUUAUCACCGGGGCUAACUGCGGCAUAGGCCGGGCGACCGCGGCGGAGCUGCUCCGGCUGCAGGCCCGGGUCAUCCUGGCGUGCCGGGACCCGGAGCGGGCGGAGGAGGCGGCCCGGGAGCUGCGGGAGGAGACCGGGGACAGCGGGGAGGUGGUGGUGAAGCAGCUGGACCUGAGCUCCCUGAAGUCCGUGCGGCGCUUCUGCCAGGAGGUAGUGAGGGAAGAACCUAAACUUGACGUCCUCAUCAACAACGCGGGGGUCUUCCAGUGCCCCUACACGAAGACUGAAGAUGGCUUUGAGAUGCAGUUUGGGGUCAACCACUUGGGCCACUUCCUGCUCACCCAUCUGCUGCUCGGCCUCCUGAAGAGUUCUGCUCCCAGCAGGGUUGUGGUCGUCUCCUCCAAACUUUACAAAUACGGGGAGAUCAAUUUCGACGACUUAAACAGUGAGAAGAGCUACAGCCGAGGUUCCGCCUACAGCCGCAGCAAGCUGGCCAACAUCCUGUUCACCAGAGAGCUGGCCAGGCGCCUGGACGGUACCGGGGUGACCGUCAACGCGCUGCACCCCGGCAUAGUCCGAACCAAUCUAGGAAGACACAUUAAUAUUCCUGUCCUGGUAAAACCUCUCUUCAACGUGGUCUCUUGGGCUUUCUUUAAAUCCCCAGUUGAAGGAGCUCAGACGUCCAUCUACUUGGCCUCCUCUCCAGAAGUGGAAGGGGUGUCCGGCAAAUACUUUGGGGACUGCAAAGAGGAAGACCUUUUACCUAAAGCUAUGGAUGACUUGGUUGCCAGGAAACUCUGGGACAUAAGUGAAGUUAUGGUGGGACUUAUUAAAUGAAGUUCAACUUCAGCCAUCAGUUCACCGGAAAUAGAUGGAAAUGCUGAUUGUCUCCUUAUCACAAACUCACUUGGUCGCCGUGUCCUCCUCCGCUCACCGGACGACAAUUCUGGUCAGAAGUUACCAGGUUGUAUCCGUCUCUCCGCAAGCUGGGUGUCUAAAUGAUGGACGCCUUGGAGGAACCUGCCGGAUACUCAGUGCCGCAUUUCCUUCCGGUGAUACAUGACCGAUCCUUCACUGCAUCGUGAUUUCCAUUAUCAACAGAACCUACGGCACUUUCCCUAUAGAUUCAGUGUUUGUGCCAGAAAGCGCUCUCCGACAGGUAGACACUCGCCCGAUGUGUCCUCCAUUGGGCUUUUAUACAACAUCUGAAGUCGAUUCACAUUGUUCUAAUACUGUACAGAGCAGGAGCGCCGUACAGUAUUAGAAUGUAUUGGCUCCGAUGAGCCGAAGUUAAUAUUUUGCAAGACUUUGGGUAAUAACUUCAUAAAUUGAUUUCUAUUGUAAAAGCCCAUUUCCCGAACUCUGGUUCGGUUCCAAGAUACCACCCGGUACCGCUUUAUGCAAAUUUGCUCAUCCCUAAUUGUUAAAAUGGAUCGUAUGUAACACGGGCGUAGACUUAGACCGGCGCUGGAUGCGCCGCAGUUAUGUAGAGGUCGCUGCCUGUACAUAACUUUGGCAGAUCCACCUACAGAGCAGGGAUUAUAAAGACCAGCAUCUUAAUAAAUGACCCCCCACACGGCAGGAGAUUGCCCUGGUGUAUACGCCAAACGUACAGAGAGCACAGUGUGAACAGGACAUCACCCACAGGGAUUGCCAUUCAGUUGCUGGAGUCCUACGAGACGGGGCAUGUCCCCAAUUCUGAAGUGGCUUCGGAGCUGUAAAGGGUAUGGGCGCACGGCGACCAGGCAAGCCGCAACGGUGUUGUAUAUAAGGGCGUAGUGAACCUAGAGGGGGAACGGAUUCAUAUAUUACGUAAAGCUAGAGGGGCAACUACCUCACUGGCAGAUCAGCCUCCUGCUAUCUGUGAUGGGUCUGUUUUUUACCUGUCCGUGUGUCAUCCGUGCUUCGCUGACACUGCAGCUGAAAAAUUUAUUUUUAAAGCAUGUCUUCCUAAUGAUCCAUGAAACAUGGAUGGCAUCUGUGUUACAUACGGAACCAUAGACUAUAAUGGGUGCAAUGGAUGUGACCACGGACAAACACAAACCUGCGGAACGCGCUAAAACACGGAUGUGUGGGUACGUUUGCUGUCCAUGUAGAACACGUACAGCAAACGUCCGUGGAACACGGACUUGUGAACGAGGCUUUGACGCAAUUAAAACCAUAUAAUUGGAUCUGUAAAGGGAAUUAAGAACAUGUUACACGUCAGAAAGAGCUGCAUGUUAGACGCUAGAAAGAGCGGUAUUCGCGAGCGCGUUCUAAUGUCCGGCUGGCUUUCUGUCAUCGCUGAUAUUACUUAAGGUAAGGCCGAGUUCACACGAACGUGUGUGACCCGUGCUGCAGCCCGCAAAUUGCAGGCCGCAAUGCACGAUCGCCGGCCGUGGGUCAGCCGCAUCGGAUCGCGGACCCAUUCA